UCGGCAACAAGUUCGUCCAAGUCUCCAACUGUCCCUUAAACACACAUACUGAAACACAAUCCCAGCAAACCCAAAAUGCAGUUUUCUUCCUUCUUCGCCAUUGUCCUCGCCGCGGCCUCGCCCGCCACCGCACUUGGAAUCAACUGCCGCGGAAGCGUCAGAUGCGGCGGCAACGGCCAGCCCGGCAACAUCCGCGGGGAUGAAGCCGCCUCGUUGGCCAAAUGGAUCAACGGCAUCGACGAAAACCGUUGGUACAAUAAUGGCCAGCAGAUCGCGUGCACUUCCACCAAUAUCUGCGCCUUCCUUCAAAACACUGGAGGCGCCCCCGGACGGAACAUCAAAGGUCUUGCGCACUUUAUCCCCGAGCACAGCUGCAAGGUCUGCGGCAGUGUUCCUUAUUUCUAUCCCGGCAUCAACGAUGUGAGCCAGGGCGAGUUGACCUUCAACUGGGUCACCAACACCUGCGGCAAAGUCGGUCUCUGCUAGAGCAGUUUCAAAUACUCUUUGGGCAAGGACUUGGAAAAGGAGAUAAAUGUUGGAUGUUGAUGGACACCAAGACUAAAAGCUUUUGGGAGGGUCUUUUGACCCAUGUACGUUUGCAUCUUGGCGCAAAACAAUGAAGCUGCUUGAAUAGACCAACGGUGUAGAACUUUGAGAGAUGAUUUGACAGGAGAUGCUAGUUGUUAGGGCCAGAAAUGUGAC